AUGUCAACAAACAUUAAUAAUAAUUUGAUUCAACAAGAAAAUGAAAUCCUUGCUCUCGAAGCAAUAUAUCCACAAAAUUUCAUAUAUGAAAAAAUUGAUCCACACUAUAAAGGAUCGUUAACCAUUCAAGUGUCAAUGUCGGACGAAAUCACUCACUUGCCUCCUAUAAAAAUAACUUUUUUGAUGACAGAAAAUUAUCCAUUUGAUGAAAUAUUAAAAUUUAAUCUCGAAUGUUGUUGGUUGAAAAAUGAUUCAAUAAAGCAAUUGGAAAAUCGACUAGAAAAAAUUUGGCAAGAAGAAAAAAAUGUGGUAUAUUUUCUGAAUAUAUCAUCACCAUUGAUUCUUUCUGAUGAACACAAUGAUUUUACAACACUUAGAUCAAUUAUAAAUACAUAUAAUCAACAAGCCUUAUAUCAAGAUUUUUCAAAUAAUCAUUUCAAUUGUGCAAUUUGUCUUGAAGAAAAACGUGGUGAACAAUGUAUUCAACUCAAAUCUUGUCAACAUGUGUUUUGUCAAAAUUGUAUUUGUAAAUAUUUUGAAAUGUUGAUCAGAGAAGGGUUCAUCACACAAGUCAAGUGUCCUGAACCAGGUUGUCAAUUAAAACAUAUAUUAACAACAGAAGAAAUUUCUGAGAUAGUUGAUAAAGAAACUUCUGAUAGAUAUUCAUAUUUAGUAGAAAAGCAAAAACUUGAGACAGAUCCAUUGGUCACAUAUUGUCCUCGAAAAUCAUGUCAAGCUCCUGUUAGAAAGAACUCCGAAUAUGAUAAAUUAUGUGUUUGUCCAAAAUGUUCUUUUGCAUUUUGUUGUUGGUGUGAAAAAACUUGGCAUGGUUCAAGUGCACCAUGCAAUAUGUCUAAUAUUAAUAAAAUAGUAAGUGAUUAUAUGGAAGCAGAAGGGGAAUUGAAAUAUACUUUGGAAUUACGUUAUGGAAAGAAGAAUCUAGAGAAACUGGUCAGGGAUGCUAAAAUGGAGUUGGAAGUAUCAAAAUGGGUUAGCAUAAAUGCACAAAAUUGUCCAAGUUGUAAAGCCGCAAUUGAAAAAUCAAUGGGUUGUAAUCAUAUGAUUUGUUCACGUUGUUGUGCACAUUUUUGUUAUUUAUGUGGAAAUGCUCUAAACCCUGGUGAACCUUAUAAACAUUUUAAUGACCCGAAAUCACCUUGUAAUCAAAAGUUGUUUCAUAUAAAUGAACAAAAUAAUAUAUAG